AUGGGUCUGGGACUGCGUCUGCAGGUCCCAUUCGGGGCGGCUGUGUGCCCCCAAGACGAUCUCGGGAACCUUCUGCUAGGUCCCCAUCGGGGAUGCUUGGAGACAUCCGCCGCUAACGGUCGUUUUGAAAUAUUCUUCUCGAUAGGAUUCUACUCAAUCGCUCUCAUCUUAGGCUUACAUCGGUUAUUGCAGCUGUGGAAAAGACCAGUUGUGACCCAGGCGACAAUAUGGGCAGUCGUCAAGAUCAUCUUUUGGCAUAUCCUCGCCGGUCUCCAGACUGCAAUCUUGACUUUGUCAAUAAUUAGAGGAGAAACCGGAGGUGCCGCCAGCAUCGGCAUCGCCUCAAGUGCGCUCGCUAUCGCUUCUAGCAUUCUCUUUAUCUUCAUCUCCAAAUUGGAACACAGCAGAUCGCGCGCACCGUCGGCGUUGCUGCAGACAUUCCUUCUCGUCACGCUCAUCGCAGAUGCACCUGGUGUUCAGAGUCACUGGACCAGCUACUACAGGCAAGAUGGAGUUAUCGCUUCUCUUUUGACCCUUCAGUUAGCGGUAAAAGUUGUGCUGUUGGUCUUCGAAUCAGCAUCUAAAGAGGCUUUCAUUACCAUUCCGGCAACUCAGAUCUCCCGGGAGGAAUUGUCAGGCAUCUUUGGCAGAAGCCUCUCACUCUGGAUCAACCCCCUGCUAUGGCUAGGCUGGAGGAAGGACUUGACAAUGGAUGAUCUCGAACCGGUCGACGAAGCAUUGUCUGGCGGAAUUGCGUUGGAGAAACUUUCUGCUGCAUGGAAACAAGUCAACCAGAACCGAGAGCAUGCUCUCGGGCUGGCAGUAUUGAAGGCGUUCAAACUACAGCUCCUCUCCAUCCAUUUACCUCGCCUGGCAAUGGUAGCUGCCGGCCUGGCGCAGCCGCUCUUGGUGCAGGCUACUAUCGAGUACAUCCAAAACCACAACGAUAAGUCAGUGCGCUACGGGUAUACGCUCAUUGCCGGGUAUGCUGCCGUUUACCUUGGUCUCGCGAUAUUCAACCUCUGGUCCGCCCAGCUAUCCUACCGCUUCGUCACCAGCGUAAGAGGCGCUCUAAUUGCCCUCAUCUAUAAGAACAUGCUCUCUCUGCGCGCCGAGACGGGCAACUCCCAGUCUGCGGUUGCGCUCAUGAGCACCGAAGUCGACCGGAUCACGGUGGCCGUGGAGUUUUCCGUGGCCAUCAUUCCAAAUCUCAUCCAAGUCGCCUUCGCCCUGUGGAUUCUGGGCAGUCAACUCGGCGCCGUUUGUAUCGCGCCUGUCUUAGUAGCCGCCUUAAGUGUCUCUGCAGCCACGAAACUCGGGAAGCUGGUGCCACCGCGUCAGCGCCGGUGGAUGCAGGCCAUCCAGAAGCGCGUCGGCGUCACCACCGAAGUCAUCAACUCCGUCAAAGGCGUCAAGAUGAGCGGGCUGAGCGGUACAAUCCAGGACCAGGUGCAGGGUCUAAGAGACUUUGAGCUUGAAGAGUCCAAGAAGUUUAGAAGAGUCCAGAUACUCAACGUCUUAAUUGGCCAGUUCCCAUCAAUCAUUUCACCGGCUGUCACUUUUGCGGCCUUCGCAGUCGCACAGACCGUGUCAAAAGGAGAACCGCUCAACGUCGUCCAGGCCUUUACGUCACUUAGUUUGCUCAACAUUCUAAUCAUCCCCGUGUCCGAGCUGGUCAUGAUCCCCCACAACCUGGGCUCGACGAUUGGUUGCCUUGAUAGAAUUCAAGAGUUCUUGGUAAAGGAAAAGAGCGUUGACUACAGAGAAUUUAAAUCGACCAACCAGCAAGAAUCGAACGGGACGACGCAGUCGCCAAGCAGUGACAAGCCCUUGAUUAAAGUGUCUAAUGGAUCUUUCAGUUGGCAUAAUGACAAAGCUAUACUCUACAACCUCGAAUUAGAGAUUCAACCAUCGCAGCUCACAGUCAUUGUCGGGCCCGUCGGUUCUGGCAAGUCUACUCUUCUAAAGUCCCUCGUCGGCGAGACGUACCGCAUCUCGGGAACGGUGGAGUACUCAACGACCGCGGACGUGGCGUACUGCGACCAGGAUCCCUGGAUCCUCAACCAGAGCAUCAAGGAAAACAUCACUGGCGGCGCGAAGUACGUGCCCGAGUUCUAUGACCAGGUCGUGCGCGCUUGCCAGCUUGAAGAAGACCUGCGUCUACUUCCACAGGGAGACGAGACGAUAGUCGGAAGCUCGGGCGGUGCCCUCAGCGGCGGACAGAAACAUCGUAUCGCGUUGGCUAGGGCCGUGUACAGCGGGAAGCAGGUUGUGAUCAUGGAUGAUAACUUGAAGGGCCUUGACUCGAAAACUGCUUCCAAGUGUUUCGACGCUCUAUUCGGUACUCAAGGGCUCCUGCGCGGUCAGGGGAGAUCGGUGCUGUUUGCAACUCACAACGCCCAAUGGCUACAUGAUGCAGACCAAAUUAUUUCGCUAGAUGGGGACGGAGAGAUCUCUGAAAGAGGCUCCUACGAAGAGUUGAGCAAGACCGGGGGCUAUGUCAGCAAACUUAGGAUCUCGCAGCAAAAUGGAGAAACCGAAGAUGACACCGAAGAUGACACCGAAGAUGAAUCCGAGGAUACGAAUGCGCAGAAUCAACAGCAGAGGCAAGACAAAAUCGCCGCGACCGCAAAGCCCAACGGCGUCGAGAAAGGCAAGCCCAGAGGAGCAGCGAACACCAGCGCGCUCUUGUACUACAUCAAGUCAAUGGGCAUGUCGCCAUUCUUUUUGUUUGCAACGAUGGUCCUCUUUCAAGCACUCUGCAGGACGAUGGAGCGUCUUUGGGUCAAGUUCUGGGUCGCCGCCAACGAGAGCGGCACGGAGCAAAAUCUCGGCAUGUGGGUUGGGAUCUAUGUGCUCUGGGGUGUUUUGACUGAAGUUGCAGUUGGCAUUGAGAUUUACUACUUCCUCGUCGUCAUUAUUCCUCACUCUGCCAAGGGGCUUCAUUUCGGCGUCCUCAAAGCGGCGCUGGGGGCACCGCUAUCAUUCUUUGUCAAGACAGACACGGGAUCCAUCAUUAACCGAUUUAGCCAAGACAUGAACCUAAUCGACCUCCCUCUCCCUCUCGCCUUCAUGCUCGCCUUCGACUACUUCACUCUCGCCACCGCAGACCUUAUCCUAACCUGCAUCGCAACCGGCUACCUCGUCUUCGCCAUCCCGGUCCUCGCCGUGGUCCUCUAUUCCAUCCAGCGCGUCUACCUCCAAACAUCCCGUCAAAUCCGUCUUCUGGACCUUGAAGCAAAGUCUCCCAUCUUCUCCCACUUCAUCGCCUCCUUCUCGGGGCUCAUCACCAUUCGCGCGCUGGACUGGACCGCAAAGGCACAAGCCGAGAACCUCGAGCGACUCGACAGAUCCCAGCGCGCAUUUUACAUCAUGGGCAGCCUGCAGAAGUGGCUCCUCCUCGUGCUCAACCUGACCGUCGCCGGGCUCGCCGUGUUGGUGGUCUCACUGGCGGUCGCUCUGCGCGACAGCAUCGACCCUGGCCUGCUCGGUGUCGCGCUCGUCGGAAUAACCGGCUUCGGGCGCAUUCUGACAAUGCUGCUGAACUACUGGGCCAACCUGGAGACGAGUCUAGGGGCAGUGGCAAGAAUCAGGGAGUUCGAAGCAGAUACGCCUGCCGAGCGAGACGGCGACGGUGAUCUGCCCGAGGGCGAAUGGCCUUCAAAGGGGCGUAUCAAUAUCAGCAACGUUUCCGCGGCAUACGACGACCACCAAGUUCUCAAGGACAUCACCCUCGACAUCCAGCCGGGUGAGAAGGUGGCCAUCUGCGGCAGGACAGGCAGCGGCAAGUCGACUCUCCUUGCGCUCCUAUUGCGCCUCCACGAUCCCUCGGCUGGGAAAAUCGAGGUUGACGGCGUGGAUAUCUCGUCGGUGCCAAUUAGUCUGUUGCGCAAGUCUCUCGUUGCGCUUCCGCAGGAUCCGCUCUUCCUCCCGGGUACGGUGCGUAGGAACCUCGAUCCGUUCGACGCCCGCGACGACGCGGAUAUCUGGGACACGCUGGAAAAGACGGGGUUGAAAGCUCUGUUGGAGGACAAGGGCGGCCUCGAGGCGGACCUCAACACGGACUGGCUGAGCGCGGGACAGAAGCAGCUGUUUUGCAUGGCGAGGGCGAUUUUGAGAAACAGUCGGGUGCUGUUGCUGGACGAAGCAACCAGCAGCUUGGACCAGGCAACGGAGCAAAUUGUGCAGGAUCUCAUCCGCAGCGAGUUCGAGGGGUGGACCGUAGUCGUCAUUGCACAUCGCCUACAGGCCGUUGUUGGUUUCGACAAGAUUGUGGCCUUGCAGGAUGGAAAGGUUGUCGAAUUUGAUCAUCCCAAGACAUUGCUCGAGCGAGGCGGUGUCUUUGCGUCUCUGUGGAAGCUGCAAGAAAGUUGA